AUGGCGUUCAUAACCGAUGUCAGAAUCCAGUACCUGGAGACAAUCGCGUCCAUGCUGCUCAAGUUCAAGCCAGACAAAUGGAGCAAACUGGUUGGGGCGGAGGAGAACCUGGCCAUGUUCACAGAAUUCUUCGACAAGGCGGACAUCCCGCUGCUGCUGCUGACGCUCAAUCCCGCCGGCGGCAUCGUACCCAGCCUGGGCUUCCCGGAGACCCUCAAGUCCAAGGGCGUCUACUUCCUCAAGACCACCCGGGAGAACAUCAACAAGGAGAACUACAAGACCAACCUCCUGUACGGGGACCUGAGCCCCGCGCCCGUGGACCAGCUCAUCGCCACGGUGGAGGAGGUCCUCUACGCUCUCCUCAACCAGAAGGAGAACAUGGAAGGCUGGCCGCAGGUGGUCUCGGAGGACAUCGUCAAGCAGGUCCACAAGCUCAAGAACGAGAUGUUUGUGAUGGGCGGCAAGAUCAAGGGGAAAACGCUGCUGCCCACCCCGGAGCACCUGGGGAGCCUGGACGGCACGCUGGAGUCCAUGGAGGGGAUCCCUUCAUCCCUGGACAACUCGCUCCUGCACGCCAUCGAGACCAUCAUCAUCGACUGGUCCCACCAGAUCCGAGACGUCAUGAGCAAGGACUCGGCGCAGGCGCUGCUGGACGGGCUGCAUCCCCUGCCCCGGGUGGAGUUCGAGUUCUGGGACGCGCGCCUGAUGAACCUGCAGUGCAUCCACGAGCAGCUGAACAGGCCCAAAGUGAACAAGAUAGUCGAGAUCCUGGAAAAGGCCAAGAGCUGCUACUGGCCCGCCCUGCAGAACGUGUACAUGAACGUCACUGAAGGGCUGAAGGAAGCCAAUGACAUCGUCCUGUACCUGAAGCCCCUGCGCAUCUCGCUGGAGGAGAUGGAGCAGGCCGACUUCACCUCGCUCCCGACCUACAUCGCCAAGGUGCUGAACACCAUCUGCUUCAUCUGGGCCACGUCCGAAUACUACAACACGCCCUCCAGGGUCAUCGUCAUCCUGCAGGAGUUCUGCAACCAGCUCAUCGAGAUGACGCGGAACUACCUGAGCCCGGACGAGGUGCUGAAAGGGCUGCAGGGGGAGAUCGAGGAGGUCCUGAGCGGCAUCUCGCUGUCGGUGAACGUCCUGAAGGAGCUCUUCCGCAUCUACGACUUCUGCUGCUCCAACAUGAAGCUCUUCUUCAAGGAUAAACCACCUGUGCUGUGGGAAUUCCCUUCUUCCCUUGCGUUUGCCAGAAUGAAUUCCUUCUUCCACCGUGUCCAGACCAUUGAGGAACUUUAUAAAACUGCCAUUGAGUUCCUGAAGCUGGAGAAGAUCGAACUGGGCGGGGUUCGCGGCAACAUCCUGGGGAACUUGGUGACCCAGAUUUACGACGAGGUCUUUGAGCUCGUGAAGGUUUUUGCCGAGUGCAAAUACGACCCCCUGGAUCCCGGAGACUCGAGUUUUGACGAUGACUACGCCGACUUCGAAACCAAGAUCCAAGAUCUGGACCGGAGGCUGGCCACGAUCUUCUGCAAAGCCUUCGACGACUGCAACUCCAUCGAGUCUUCCGCGAAGCUCCUGUACAUGUGUGGGGGCCUCCUGGAGCGGCCUCUGAUCCUCACCGAGGUGGUACCCAGGUACUCCACCAUGCUGGAGAUGUUCGACAGGGAGCUGGACAAUGCCAAGCUCCUGUACGAUGCCCAGAUGGCAGCGUCCGUGGACAACAAAAUCCCCCCGAUCCACAGAAACAUGCCUCCCGUGGCCGGGCAGCUCAAGUGGAGCCUGGAGCUGCAGGAGAGGCUGGAGGUGUCCAUGAAGCACCUGAAGCACAUUGAGCACCCGGUCAUGUCCAGCGUGGAGGCCAAGCUGACCUACAAGAAGUACGAGGAGAUGAUGGAGCUCCUGCGCAGUUACCGCGAGAAGAUCUACCGGCGCUGGGUGCACGGGGUGGACGAGGACUGCCGCUUCAACCUGGGCCAGCCGCUGAUACAGCGCCUCCCGACCACGGGCCUCAUCCAAGUCAACUUCAGCAAGGCGCUGGUGGCAGUCCUGAGGGAAGUCAAGUACUUGAAUUUCCAGCAGCAGAAAGAGAUCCCGGUGAGCGCCGAGAGUCUGUUUGCAGACAACGAAACCUUCCGGAAGUUCGUGGGCAACCUGGAGCUCAUCGUGGGCUGGUACAACGAGAUAAAGACAACAGUGAUGGAUGUGGAGUUCCCGCUGAUAAAGUCAGAACUAGAAGAAAUUGAUGUCAGACUGUCGAGCGCCGAGACCACCUUGUUCUGGAAUGGUGAAGGUGUGUUCGAGUACAUUCGAGAGAUGCGGGAAAUUCUGCACAACUUGCAGAACAGGAUGCAAAGGGCCAAGCAAAAUGUAGAAGGAAUCAUCCAGGCCAUGAGGGACUGGUCAACCAACCCCCUGUUUGAAAGGAAGGACAACAAGAAGGAGGCCCUGCUGGACUUGGAUGGAAGGGUCGUCAACCUCAACAAGCGCUACACGGCCGUCAAAGAGGCUGGCGUCAAGAUCCAAGGCAUGCUCGCGGAAAACGCAGAGCUGUUCAAAGCAGACACCACGAGCCAGUCUUGGAAGGAUUACGUCAACUACGUGGACAACCUGGUCUUAGAUGAGUUUGACCAUUUCAUCCGCAAAUCUCUAAACUACCUAACGGACAACAUGGUGAUGGAUGAGAGCGUCGCCCCGCUGUUUGAGGUCCGCAUGGAGCUGGACGAGGAGGGGCUGACCUUCAACCCCUCGCUGGAGAUGGGCUUGGAUGAGGGCUUCCUGUCGCUGAUUGAGGGCCUAGUCAACGACAUCUACAACGUGGCCAGGCUCAUCCCCCGCCUGGCCAAGGGCAGGAUGAGCUACAAGGUCGACCUGGAGGACAUGACGGACCUCAUGGAGAUGCGGGAGGAGCUGUCCAACCUGGUGAUCAACGCCAUGAAGGAGGCCGAGGAGUACCAGGACUCCUUCGAGCGGUACUCGUACCUGUGGAUGGACGACCCCCAGGAGUUCAUGCGGAACUUCCUGAUCUUUGGGCACGCGCCCACGCUGGAGGAGCUGGAGAUGCGGCAGGAUAACCUGCCCAAGACCCCGCCCACCCUGGAGCAGUUCCAGCUGCAGAUCGACUCCUACGAGAAGUUGUACGAGGAGGUGUCCAAGUGCGAGAACUCCAAGGUGUUCAACGGCUGGCUGCAGUGCGACUGCCGCCCCUUCAAGCAGGCCCUGCUCAACACCAUCAAGCGCUGGAGCCUCAUGCUCAAACGCUACCUCAGCAACCAUGUCAUCAACAGUCUCGCGGACCUGGAAGCCUUCAUGAAGGUCACCCGCCUGGGCCUGACCAAGCAGCUGAAGGAGGGGGACUAUGACGGCCUCGUGGAGGUCAUGGGGCACCUGAUGAAGGUCAAGGAGCGGCAGGUGGCCACCGACAGCAUGUUCGAGCCCCUGAAGCAAACCAUCGAGCUGCUUAAGUCUUAUGACGAGGAGAUGCCGGAGGAGACCCACUUGAAGCUUCAGGAGCUGCCAGAGCAAUGGACCAACACCAAGAAGCUGGCCUUCCAGGUGAAGCAGAAUGUGGCCCCCCUCCAGGCCAACGAGGUGAACAUCCUGAGACGGAAGUGCCAGCAUUUCGAGCUCAAGCAGCACGAGUUUAGGGAGAAGUUCAGACAAGAAGCUCCGUUCCUCUUCAGCAGCCCUGAGCCCUACAAGUCCCUGAACAAGCAACAGAAAAGCAUCACGGGCAUGGAGGCCAUCAUGGAGGCGCUGUGCAAGUCCGGGAGCCUGUUCGAGGUGACGGUCCCGGACUACAAGCAGCUCAAGGCCUGCCACAAGGAGGUCCGCCUGCUGAAGGAGCUCUGGGACAUGAUCGUCCUGGUCAACACGAGCAUCGAUGACUGGAAAACCACCAAGUGGAAGGACAUCAACGUGGAGCAGAUGGACAUCGACUGCAAGAAGUUCGCCAAGGACGUGCGGUCUCUGGACAAGGAGAUGAAGACGUGGGACGCCUUCGUGGGCCUGGACAACACGGUGAAGAACAUGAUCACGUCCCUGCGGGCCGUGAGCGAGCUGCAGAACCCCGCCAUCCGGGACCGCCACUGGCAGCAGCUCAUGCAGGCCACCCAGGUGAAGUUCGAAAUGUCAGAACACACCACCCUGGCAGACCUGCUGCAGCUGAACCUGCACAAGUAUGAGGACGAAGUCCGCAACAUCGUGGACAAGGCCGUGAAGGAGUCUGGGAUGGAGAAGGUGCUGAAGGCCCUGGACAGCACCUGGACGACCAUGGAAUUUGAGCACGAGCCACAUCCAAGAACAGGCACGAUGUUGCUCAAGUCGGACGAGGUGCUGGUGGAGACCCUGGAGGACAACCAGGUGCAGCUGCAGAACCUGAUGAUGUCCAAGUACCUGUCCCACUUCCUCAAGGAAGUGACGAGCUGGCAGCAGAAGCUGUCCACCGCGGACUCGGUCAUCUCCAUCUGGUUUGAGGUCCAGAGAACCUGGAGCCACCUGGAGAGCAUCUUCAUCGGCUCCGAGGACAUCCGGGCCCAGCUCCCAGAGGACUCCCAGCGCUUCGACUCCAUCGACAAGGAAUUCAAGGCUGUGAUGGCAGACGCAGUAAAGACACCCAACGUGGUCGAAGCCACCAACAAGCCCGGUCUCUAUGAUAAACUGGAAUCCCUGAAGAAGAGCUUGGCCAUGUGCGAAAAGGCCUUGGCAGAAUACUUGGAGACCAAAAGACUGGCUUUCCCGCGGUUCUAUUUUGUCUCCUCUGCCGACCUGCUGGACAUCCUGUCCAAUGGAAAUGACCCCGUGGAGGUGAGCCGCCACCUGUCCAAGCUCUUUGACAGCCUGUGUAAGCUCAAGUUCCAGCUGGACGCCGAUCAGAAGCCCAUCAAGUUUGGCUUGGGAAUGUACAGCAAGGAGGAUGAGUACGUGGAGUUUGACCGGGACUGCGACCUCUCGGGGCAGGUGGAAGUGUGGCUGAACCGCGUGCUGGACCGCAUGUGCGCCACGCUGCGCCACCUGAUCCCGGAAGCGGUGGUCACCUACGAGGAGAAGCCCAGGGAGCAGUGGAUCUUCGACUACCCCGCCCAGAUCGCCCUCACCUGCACGCAGAUCUGGUGGACCACCGAGGUGGGCAUGGCGUUCGCGCGGCUGGAGGAAGGCUACGAAAACUCCAUCAAGGACUACAACAAAAAGCAGAUCAGCCAGCUGAACGCGCUCAUCACCCUGCUCAUCGGCAACCUGAGCGCCGGCGACAGGAUGAAGAUCAUGACCAUCUGCACCAUCGACGUGCACGCCCGGGACGUGGUGGCCAAGAUGAUCACUGCCAAGGUGGAGAGUUCGCAGGCCUUCACCUGGCAGUCCCAGCUCCGCCACCGCUGGGACGAGGACAAGAAGCACUGCUUCGCCAACAUCUGCGAUGCCCAGAUCCAGUACUCCUACGAGUACCUGGGCAACACGCCCCGGCUGGUCAUCACGCCCCUCACAGACAGGUGCUACAUCACGCUGACCCAGUCCCUCCAUCUGAUCAUGGGGGGAGCCCCGGCAGGCCCUGCCGGCACGGGCAAGACAGAGACAACCAAGGACCUGGGCAGAGCACUGGGAACCAUGGUGUAUGUCUUCAACUGCUCAGAGCAGAUGGACUACAAGUCCUGUGGAAACAUCUACAAGGGCCUGGCCCAGACCGGAGCCUGGGGCUGCUUUGAUGAAUUCAACCGCAUCUCCGUGGAAGUCCUGUCUGUGAUUGCUGUGCAGGUAAAAUGUGUCCAAGAUGCCAUUCGGGCCAAGAAAAAGACGUUCAACUUCCUGGGAGAGAUGAUCGGCCUCAUCCCCACCGUGGGCAUCUUUAUCACCAUGAACCCCGGCUACGCCGGCCGCACGGAGCUGCCGGAGAACCUGAAGGCCCUGUUCAGGCCCUGCGCCAUGGUGGUCCCCGACUUCGAGCUCAUCUGUGAGAUCAUGCUGGUGGCCGAGGGCUUCCUGGAGGCCCGCCUGCUGGCCCGGAAGUUCAUCACGCUCUACACCUUAUGCAAAGAGCUGCUCUCCAAGCAGGAUCAUUACGACUGGGGCUUGCGGGCCAUCAAGUCUGUGCUGGUGGUGGCCGGCUCCCUGAAGCGGGGGGACCCCACCCGGGCAGAGGACCAGGUGCUCAUGAGGGCCCUGCGGGACUUCAACAUCCCCAAGAUCGUGACGGACGACCUGCCCGUGUUCAUGGGGCUGAUUGGGGACCUCUUCCCUGCGCUGGACGUGCCUCGCAAGCGCGAUCUGAACUUUGAGAAGAUCAUCAAGCAGAGCAUCGUGGAGCUCAAGCUGCAGGCGGAGGACAGCUUCGUGCUCAAGGUGGUGCAGCUGGAGGAGCUGCUGCAGGUCCGCCACUCCGUGUUCGUCAUUGGGAACGCCGGCAGCGGCAAGUCCCAGGUCCUCAAGUCCCUCAACAAAACCUACCAGAACAUGAAGCGGAAGCCGGUGGCCAUCGACCUGGACCCCAAGGCCGUGACCUGCGACGAGCUCUUCGGCAUCAUCAACCCAGCCACCAGGGAAUGGAAAGACGGCCUGUUCUCCACCAUCAUGCGGGACCUGGCCAACAUCACUCAUGACGGCCCCAAGUGGAUCGUCCUGGACGGGGACAUAGACCCCAUGUGGAUCGAGUCCCUCAACACCGUCAUGGACGACAACAAGGUCCUCACCCUGGCCAGCAACGAGCGAAUCCCACUGAAUCGCACCAUGAGGCUGGUGUUUGAGAUCAGCCACCUGCGGACCGCCACCCCUGCCACCGUCUCCAGGGCUGGCAUCCUCUACAUCAACCCAGCCGACCUGGGCUGGAACCCGGUGGUGAGCAGCUGGAUCGAGAGACGCAAGGUGCAGUCUGAGAAGGCCAACCUGACCAUCCUGUUCGACAAGUACCUGCCCACGUGCCUGGACAAGCUGCGGUUUGGCUUCAAGCGGAUCACGCCCAUCCCCGAGAUCACGGUGACGCAGAUGAUCCUGUAUCUGCUGGAGUGCCUCCUCACCGAGAAGAACGCCCCGCCCGACUCGCCCAAGGAGCUCUACGAGCUCUACUUCGUGUUCGCCUGCUUCUGGUCCUUCGGAGGCGCUAUGUUCCAGGACCAGCUUAUAGAUUAUCGGUUAGAGUUCAGUCGAUGGUGGAUCAAUGAGUUCAAAACCAUCAAGUUCCCCUCGCAAGGAACCAUCUUUGACUACUACAUUGACCCUGAGACAAAGAAAUUCAUGCCGUGGACAGACAAGGUGCCGGCCUUCGAGCUGGACCCCGACGUCCCGCUGCAGGCCUCGCUGGUCCACACCACGGAAACCAUCCGCAUCCGCUACUUCAUGGACCUGCUCAUGGCCAAGUCGUGGCCCGUGAUGCUGGUGGGGAACGCGGGCACCGGCAAGUCGGUGCUGAUGGGGGACAAGCUGGAGAGCCUGAGCACCGACGACUACCUGGUGCAGGCCGUGCCCUUCAACUUCUACACCACCUCCGCCAUGCUGCAGGGGGUGCUGGAGAAGCCUCUGGAGAAGAAAUCUGGGAGGAACUAUGGGCCGCCAGGCACCAAGAAGCUCAUCUACUUCAUCGACGACAUGAACAUGCCGGAGGUGGACAAGUACGGGACGGUGGCCCCCCACACCCUCAUCCGCCAGCACAUGGACCACGGGCACUGGUAUGACAGGCAGAAGUUGACGCUGAAGGACGUCCAUAACUGUCAGUACGUGGCUUGCAUGAAUCCCACCGCAGGGUCCUUCACCAUCGACUCCCGGCUGCAGCGCCAUUUCUGCGUGUUUGCGGUGAGCUUCCCGGGCCAGGAGGCCCUCACCACCAUCUACAGCACCAUCCUGUCGCAGCACCUGUCCUACCGCUCCGCCUCCUUCGUGGUCCAGAGGAUGAGCAACCAGCUGGUGGCCUCCGCCCUGGCCUUGCAUCAGAAAGUCGCCACCACGUUCCUGCCCACGGCCAUUAAGUUUCAUUACAUCUUCAACCUCAGGGACCUCUCCAACAUCUUCCAGGGCCUCCUGUUCUCCCUGGCAGACAUUCUGAAGACCCCGCUGGACCUGGUCCGCCUGUGGCUGCACGAGGCGGAGCGGGUGUACGGCGACAAGAUGGUGGACGAGAAAGACCAGGAGACGCUGCGCAGGGUCACCAUGGCCUCCACCAAGAAGUUCUUCGACGAUCUCGGAGAAGAACUCGUCUUUGCCAAGCCGAACAUCUUCUGCCACUUUGCUCAGGGGAUCGGGGAUCCCAAAUACUGUCCUGUGACGGACAUGGCUCACCUGAACAAGCUCUUAGUCGACGUCCUGGACAGCUACAAUGAAGUGAACGCGGUCAUGAACCUGGUGCUGUUUGAGGACGCCGUGUCGCACAUCUGCAGGAUCAACCGCAUCCUGGAGGGCCCCCGCGGGAACGCCCUGCUGGUGGGCGUGGGCGGCAGCGGGAAGCAGAGCCUCUCCCGCCUGGCCGCCUACAUCAGCGCCCUGGACGUGUUCCAGAUCACGCUCAAGAAGGGCUACGCCAUCCCAGACCUCAAGCUGGACCUGAACGCGCAGUACAUCAAGGCGGCGGUGAAGAACGUGCCGUCGGUGUUCCUCAUGACCGACUCCCAGGUGGCCGAGGAGCAGUUUCUGGUGCUGAUCAACGACCUGCUGGCCUCGGGGGAGAUCCCCGGGCUCUUCGCCGACGACGAGGUGGAGAACAUCAUCUCCUCCAUGCGGCCGCAGGUCAAGUCCAUGGGCAUAGCGGACACGAGGGAGGCGUGCUGGAAGUUCUUCAUCGAGAAGGUGCGCAAGCAGCUCAAGGUGAUCCUGUGUUUCUCCCCCGUGGGCUCCAUCCUCCGUGUGCGAGCCAGGAAAUUCCCCGCUGUGGUCAACUGCACGGCCAUCAACUGGUUCCACGAGUGGCCGGAAGACGCCUUGGUGUCUGUCAGUGCUCGCUUCCUGCAGGAAACCGAGGGCAUCCAGCCGGAAGUGAAGACCUCCAUCAGCCUCUUCAUGGCCUACGUGCACACCACCGUCAACGAGAUGUCCAGGGUGUACCUGGCGACCGAGCGGCGCUACAACUACACCACGCCCAAGACCUUCCUGGAGCAGAUCAAACUCUACCAGAACCUGCUGGCCAAGAAGAGGAUGGAGCUGGUCGCCAAGAUCGAGCGGCUGGAGAACGGCCUGAUGAAGCUGCAGAGCACAGCGUCACAGGUGGAUGACUUAAAGGCCACGCUGGCCAUUCAGGAGACCGAGCUCAAGCAGAAGAACGAGAACGCCGACAAGUUGAUCCAGGUGGUCGGCGUGGAGACCGAGAAGGUCAGCAAAGAAAAGGCCAUUGCGGAUGAGGAAGAGGUCAAGGUGGAGGUCAUCAACAAGAACGUCACGGAGAAACAGAAGGCUUGUGAAACGGACCUGGCCAAGGCGGAGCCGGCCCUGCUGGCGGCCCAGGAGGCCCUGGACACGCUGAAUAAGAACAACCUGACAGAGCUGAAGUCCUUCGGGUCCCCGCCCGACGCGGUGGUCAACGUGACCGCCGCCGUCAUGAUCCUGACGGCGCCGGGCGGCAAGAUCCCCAAGGACAAGAGCUGGAAGGCCGCGAAGCUCAUGAUGGGCAAGGUGGACGCGUUCCUCGACUCCCUCAAGAAGUUCGACAAGGAGCACAUCCCCGAGGCCUGCCUGAAAGCCUUCAAGCCCUACCAAGGCAAUCCCACCUUCGACCCCGAGUUCAUCCGCUCCAAGUCCACGGCCGCGGCGGGCCUGUGCUCCUGGUGCAUCAACAUCGUCCGCUUCUACGAGGUGUACUGCGACGUGGCGCCCAAGAGGCAGGCCCUGGAGGAGGCCAACGCGGAGCUGGCCGAAGCGCAGGAGAAGCUGACCCGCAUCAAGAACAAGAUUGCGGAGCUCAAUGCCAACCUGAGCAACUUAACAUCGGCGUUCGAGAAAGCAACCGCGGAGAAAAUCAAAUGCCAGCAGGAGGCGGAUGCCACUAACAGGGUUAUCUCCCUAGCUAACAGGCUGGUGGGAGGACUGGCGUCGGAAAACGUCCGCUGGGCUGAAUCGGUGGAAAACUUCAAAAUCCAGGGGGUCACGCUGUGCGGGGACGUCCUGCUCAUCUCCGCCUUCGUCUCCUACGUGGGCUACUUCACCAAGAAGUACCGCAACGAGCUGAUGGAAAAGUUCUGGAUCCCUUACGUCAACAGCCUAAAGGUGCCCAUCCCCAUCACGGAAGGCCUGGACCCCCUGACUCUGCUGACGGACGACGCGGACGUGGCCUCCUGGAACAACCAGGGCCUGCCCAGCGACCGCAUGUCCACGGAGAACGCCACCAUCCUGUGCAACACGGAGCGCUGGCCCCUCAUCGUGGACGCCCAGCUGCAGGGCAUCAAGUGGAUCAAGAACAAAUACGGGGACCUCCUCAAAGCCAUCCGCCUCGGGCAGAAGAGCUACCUGGACAUCAUCGAGCAGGCCAUCUCGGAAGGCGACACGCUCCUCAUCGAGAACAUUGGGGAAACCGUGGACCCCGUGCUGGACCCUCUGCUGGGCAGGAACACCAUCAAAAAGGGAAAGUACAUCAAGAUCGGUGACAAGGAGGUGGAAUACCACCCCAACUUCCGCCUCAUCCUGCACACCAAGUACUUCAACCCGCACUACAAGCCAGAGAUGCAGGCGCAGUGCACCCUCAUCAACUUCCUGGUCACCAGGGAUGGGCUGGAGGACCAACUGCUGGCUGCUGUGGUGGCCAAAGAGCGCCCGGACCUGGAGCAGCUGAAGGCAAACCUCACCAAGUCUCAGAACGAAUUCAAGAUUGUCCUCAAGGAACUGGAGGAUUCGCUCCUGGCCCGCCUGUCGGCUGCUUCAGGAAACUUCCUGGGAGACACCGCCCUGGUGGAGAACCUGGAGACCACCAAGCACACGGCCAACGAAAUUGAGGAGAAGGUACAAGAGGCGAAAAUCACUGAAGCUAAAAUCAACGAGGCGCGAGAGAACUACCGGCCGGCGGCGGAGCGCGCCUCGCUGCUGUACUUCAUCCUGAACGACCUCAACAAGAUCAACCCCAUCUACCAGUUCUCCCUCAAGGCCUUCAACGUGGUGUUCGAGAAAGCCAUCCAGAAGACGGCCCCCGCCGACGAGGUGAAGCAGCGCGUCAUCAACCUGACGGACGAGAUCACCUACUCGGUGUUCAUGUACACCGCCCGCGGGCUCUUUGAGCGGGACAAGCUCAUCUUCCUGGCCCAAGUGACGUUUCAGGUCCUGUCCAUGAAGAAGGAGCUGAACCCGGUAGAGCUGGACUUCCUCCUGCGCUUCCCAUUCAAGGCAGGGAUCGUGCCCCCCGUGGACUUCCUGCAGCAGCAGAGCUGGGGUGGGAUCAAGGCCCUGUCGGAGAUGGACGAGUUCAAGAACCUGGACAACGACAUCGAGGGCUCCGCCAAGCGGUGGAAGAAGCUGGUGGAGUCGGAGGCCCCCGAGAAGGAGAUCUUCCCCAAGGAGUGGAAGAACAAGACGGCCCUGCAGAAGCUGUGCAUGGUGCGCUGCAUGCGGCCGGACCGCAUGACCUACGCCGUCAAGAACUUUGUGGAGGAAAAGAUGGGCAGUAAGUUUGUGGAAGGCCGAAGCGUGGAGUUUUCCAAGUCCUAUGAGGAGAGCAGCCCGUCCACGCCCAUCUUCUUCAUCCUCUCCCCAGGGGUGGACCCCCUGAAAGACGUGGAAGCCCUGGGGAAGAAGCUGGGCUUUACCAUCGACAAUGGGAAGCUGCACAACGUGUCCCUGGGGCAGGGGCAGGAGGUGGUGGCGGAGAACGCCCUGGACGUGGCUGCCGAGAACGGGCACUGGGUCAUCCUGCAGAACAUCCACCUGGUGGCCCGCUGGCUGAGCACCCUGGACAAGAAGGUGGAGCGCUACAGCACGGGCAGCCACGAGGACUACCGCGUGUUCAUCAGCGCCGAGCCCGCGCCCUCGCCCGAGGCCCACAUCAUCCCGCAGGGCAUCCUGGAGAACGCCAUCAAAAUCACCAACGAGCCGCCCACCGGCAUGCACGCCAACCUGCACAAGGCCCUGGACCUCUUCACCCAGGACACCCUGGAGAUGUGUACCAAGGAGAUCGAGUUCAAGUGCAUCCUCUUCGCCCUGUGCUACUUCCACGCCGUGGUGGCCGAGAGGCGUAAGUUUGGGGCGCAGGGCUGGAACCGGUCGUACCCCUUCAACAACGGGGACCUCACCAUCUCCAUCAACGUGCUCUACAACUACCUGGAGGCCAAUGCCAAGGUGCCCUGGGACGACCUCCGCUACCUGUUCGGCGAGAUCAUGUACGGCGGGCACAUCACGGACGACUGGGACCGCCGGCUGUGCCGCACCUACCUCGUCGAGUACCUGCGGCCGGAGAUGCUGGAGGGCGACGUGCUGCUGGCCCCCGGCUUCCAGACGCCCCCCAACCUGGACUACAAGGGCUACCACGAGUACAUCGACGAGAACCUGCCCCCCGAGAGCCCCUACCUGUACGGCCUGCACCCCAACGCGGAGAUCGGCUUCCUGACGGUCACCUCGGAGAAGCUGUUCCGGACGGUGCUGGAGAUGCAGCCCAAGGAGUCGGACUCGGGAGCGGGCACCGGGGUGUCCCGGGAGGAGAAGGUGAAGGCCGUGCUGGACGACAUCCUGGAGAAGAUCCCGGAGACGUUCAACAUGGCGGAGAUCAUGGCCAAGGCGGCCGAGAAGACGCCCUACGUGGUGGUGGCCUUUCAGGAGUGCGAGCGGAUGAACAUCCUCACCAACGAGAUGCGGCGCUCGCUCAAGGAGCUCAACCUGGGGCUCAAGGGGGAGCUGACCAUCACGACGGACAUGGAGGACCUGUCCACCGCCCUGUUCUACGACACGGUGCCCGACACGUGGGUGGCCCGGGCCUACCCGUCCAUGAUGGGCCUGGCGGCCUGGUACGCUGACCUGCUGCUCCGCAUCAGGGAGCUCGAGGCCUGGACGACGGACUUCGCCCUGCCCACCACCGUGUGGCUGGCCGGGUUCUUCAACCCGCAGUCGUUCCUCACGGCCAUCAUGCAGUCGAUGGCCCGGAAGAACGAGUGGCCGCUGGACAAGAUGUGCCUGUCGGUGGAGGUGACCAAGAAGACCAAGGAGGACAUGACGGCGCCCCCCCGGGAGGGCUCCUACGUGUACGGCCUCUUCAUGGAAGGAGCCCGCUGGGACACGCAGACGGGAGUCAUCGCCGAGGCGCGGCUGAAGGAGCUGACGCCAGCCAUGCCCGUCAUCUUCAUCAAGGCCAUCCCCGUGGACCGCAUGGAGACCAAGAACAUUUACGAGUGCCCCGUGUACAAGACGCGCGUCCGGGGCCCCACCUACGUCUGGACCUUCAACCUCAAAACCAAGGAGAAGGCGGCCAAGUGGGUGCUGGCGGCCGUGGCGCUGCUGCUGCAGGUGUAGCGGCCGGCGGAAGCCCAGCCGCGCCUCCGCGAC